CACACACACACAGAGGGCUCUGACGACACGCUCACACACACUCACACUCAGAAUGACACAGCUCUGAUCGGAGGGAGGUGAUCUCUGAAAUUGCUCAGUGAGCACCCCUAAUUUCCCUGAUUCACAACCUGCUGUUAAUCACACCCAAUGGAAUCCAAUCAGAAGGGAAGUGGGGACGGGCUGGCGGGGACGCAGAAAGAGGCAGCUCUCCGGGCACUCACCCAACGGACCGGAUACCAGCUAAGGCAGGAGAACGGUCAGCGACGGUAUGGUGGCCCACCGCCUGACUGGGAUGGACCACCACCUGAGAGAGGCAGUGAGAUCUUCGUGGGAAAACUCCCAAGAGAUCUCUUUGAGGACGAACUGGUUCCGUUGUGCGAGAAGUUUGGAAAGAUCUAUGAGGUGAGGAUGAUGAUGGACUUCAAUGGGAACAAUAGAGGUUACGCCUUUGUCACCUUCAGCAACAAACAGGAAGCCAGAACAGCCAUGAAGCAGCUCAACAACUACGAGAUCAGGAAUGGGCGCCUCCUCGGUGUCUGUGCCAGCGUGGACAACUGUCGCCUGUUUGUUGGGGGAAUUCCUAAAACCAAGAAGCGCGAUGAGAUCCUGACAGAGAUGCGAAAGGUGACCGACGGAGUUGUGGACGUUAUAGUGUAUCCCAGCGCUGCAGACAAAUCAAAGAACCGAGGCUUCGCCUUCGUCGAGUAUGAGAGUCACCGAGCAGCUGCCAUGGCCCGACGCAAGCUGCUGCCAGGUCGGAUCCAGCUGUGGGGUCAUCCCAUCGCAGUGGACUGGGCAGAGCCGGAGGUGGAGGUUGAUGAGGAUACCAUGGCGACUGUUAAGAUUUUGUAUGUGAGGAACCUGAUGCUGCAGACCACUGAGGAAACUAUUGAGAAGGAGUUCAACAGCCUGAAACCAGGUGCAGUGGAGCGAGUGAAGAAGAUAAGAGACUACGCCUUCGUACAUUUCAGUCAGAGAGAAGAUGCUGUCAACGCCAUGAACGCUCUCAACGGGAAGGUGGUGGACGGCUCUCCUAUCGAGGUGACUCUGGCAAAGCCGGUAGAUAAAGACAGCUAUGUUCGGUACACCAGAGGAACCGGAGGAAGAGGAGGCUCGGUUCUGCAGACCGACUACACGGCCUACACUCUUGGUCAGGUGUACGACCCCACAGCAGCGUAUCUUGGGGCUCCAGUUUUUUACGCCCCCCAGGCCUACACUGCCAUUCCGGGUCAGUUUCGUUUCCCCACAGCCAAAGCUCAUGUGGGGGGUAGAGGUCUGAUGAGGACGCCAUCGGUCAGAGAAAUUUACAUGACUGUACCUGUAGGGGCUGCGGGGGUACGAGGGCUGGGUGGGCGGGGCUACCUGGCCUACGCCGCUGGGGGAGGAGCCAUGGGACGAGGGGGAGGAAGUAGUGCUUCCUAUGGCUUGAAAGGGGACAAGCAGGCAGAGGAAAAGCUGUAUGACCUGCUGCCGGGGAUGGAGCUAACGCCGAUGAACCCUGCUGCUAUGAGCCUGAAGGCCACCGGUAUCAAGCCACCCACUCAGGUUCUGGAGGAGCUGUGUCAGAAGAAUAACUGGGGUCAGCCCGUCUAUCAGCUCCACUCGGCCAUCAGUCCAGACCAGCGACAGCUGUUUCUCUACAAGAUCACCAUCCCAGCUCUGGCCACCCAAUACCCCAACGUACAUCCCUUCACUCCUGCCAAACUGUGUGCUUCUGUGGAAGAGGCCAAGAUCCACGCGGCCGAACACACCCUGCAGACACUUGGCCUGCAGACAGAGGGCGCUGCUGACGCCAGCUGUGCAACUGCAGCUGCUGUGGCCUCAGUAGCCUUCCCAGGUUAUGCUCUGGCGAGCCCGGCAUCCUCCGCAGUGGCCUCCCAGCUGAAGCAGGCUGUCUCUCUGGGUCAGGACCUAACCGCCUACACCACCUAUGAGGGCUACCCUGCUUUUGCUGUGGCGGCUCGCCACACUGACGGAUACGGCGUUUUCUAAAGCAGCUGUUUCUAGGGAAGUUAAACUGUGGAGCUGCAUUCAUACCGCAAUGUUUCUUUGCCCCAAAGUUUGAUUCCGUUUAGAAACUCCAAACACUGUGACCUGGCAGGAAGGCAAAGCUGAUUGGAAGUUUCUCGAUCACAGUUGUAUAAAGCUUAAAGUAGACUGGUGUGAAUGCAGCAUUCUGCUGUUAUCCUCAAGUUAGACAGGGGAAUCCAACUCAUUCCAGUCCCAGUUUAAAACCAGUUCAUUCUAAUCCCAGACAGCUGCUGCUGAAAAACCAGAUCAGACUCGUCAGUCGCCCAGAAACAAACUCUUCAUCUGUGUUCUUUCCUCCCUCUCAUCCAUAUCUGCUCCUCAUUUAUUCUGAAUUGCCUGCUAGUCCAUUUUUAUUAGCAAUGCUGAAAAACAGCCUAUGAUUGGCUGAUUUACUUUUCCUGGUUAGAUGUUUACGGUAUGAGUUUUCUCUAACUAUGUACUUUCUGAGUGUCUUACUGUUGAUUGCGAUCGGUUUUGGGGCUGUUUGCUUUAUUUUUGUCAAACCUUUAAAACCUGUGCUAAUUCUUCAAAUUUAAUUCAAACAAAAUCAAAGAGAAAAGAUGCGGAAAACAAAGACCUUAGGCCGACAUAUCUUUAGUUUUGCUUUCUAUUUUUUUUUUUAUUUCCAUAAAACUCACAACAAAGUAUCCUAUAUUGAAACCUGGUUUUUAAUGUUCAGCUUUCAGAAAAAAAAAAGCUUUUAAACCAUGUAGGCCUAAAUGAAGGAAUGAGACAGUUGUACAUGCCAUGCCAAUGAUGACGAUGAUGAACCUUUCAUACUUUUCCAGAAAAUCAAAUAUAGAUAUAACUACAAUCUGUUAAUAUUUUUGCAAACAUUCUUUCCUCAUAUGUUCAUACCUUUGUUUUGGCUCCGCCCAGCACUUCUAAGACACGUUCCACAGUAUUUGCACCAAACAACCAACCUUAACCUACAGGGUGAAAUUAACACAGUCACUCUGGGUUCUGCCGUUGCUAUGGUUACAUGCUUGCAUAUCCAUGACAACCUCCUGUGAAGAGGGAGGAACACUAAGCUGAGAGCAGAAGUACCAAAAAAGGAUAGUAGGCCUUAAAGGUUGUAUUUAUAAAAAAAAAUCAAAGCAAAGUAAAUCUUCCUGUUUUGUACAAGUUCAAUGAAGCUUUUUGAAAGCACGUUUUUCAUUUGUACGAUCUUCGGUUCAGCAAGUUUGUUUCUGCCAGCGUAAAAACGUUCAGGAACCUUUUUCGGAUUAUGUUUGUUGUUUUAUUUCCUUAACUUUCCUUUUAGUUUUCAGUGUCCUUAGUGUUUUUAUUGUCUUUCAUGAGUCUGUUGCAUCAGUUAAAACUUCCCUCCUCUCUGGAUCCUUUCAAUCGAGAGUGUUAGGUUUAGUCCAGAUCCAUCACCUUUCAUGGUGACUAGAGUGAGGUUAUAGGUAAAAACAUUGAUGAUAUGGUGUCAUGCUCCAGGGAAUCAGGAUUGGUCUCUGGACAAAAGCAGCUGCUGACAGCAGCUGUGACGCUUUCCCUUUGUUUCUUCUUUUUGACUGAAGGUUUGUGAGGAUUUCGGAACAGAUGACACAUGUUGGCAUCCAAGCUGUGAACAUGCCGAAGCAGAGACAGUAUUAAAGUGUGUGAAGCACUUAGAACUUAUUUUUGUACCUGGAAUCUGACAUAUCCAGACAUAUUUGUACAGAGGUAUUUUAACUUGUCUUUGCUGCCAUAAUUGACUUGGCAAGAAAAAAAAAAAACAUGUGAUGCUGAAUCAGGACCGAUCUGUAAUGAAAGAAGAAAAUUGUGGGCAUUCUAUGAAACUGUUGUGAAUUAUUUUCUCUCAUCUCUAAUCUGAAUUGUUGAAAUAAAGAACUACAAUCCA